AUGCGUUGGAAACGGAUUCAGUCAAUUUCUUCGUCUGUUUCUUCUACAUAUGAUUAUGAAAAUGAACAGGAACUGGAAAAUAUGUAUGAUUAUUUGAUUAAACUGAUAAUUAUUGGGCCGAGUGGAAGCGGCAAAACGUGUAUGUUACAUCGUUUUGUGAAGAAUGAGUUUAGAACACUUUCUUCUCAUACGAUUGGAGUAGAAUUUUCCAGUAAAGUAGUGAAACUUGGUGUUGGUGCGCGUAAAAAACGAAUUAAAUUACAGCUUUGGGAUACAGCUGGUCAGGAACGGUUUCGUUCAGUUACACGAUCUUAUUAUCAAGCGGCAGCAGGCGCAUUACUUGUUUAUGAUAUUACCAACCAUGAUUCAUUUACAAGUCUUCCUUCAUGGCUAAGAGAUACACGUGCUCUAGCAUCGCCAGAUGUUGUGGUUGUAUUAAUUGGGAAUAAAUCAGAUCGUAACAGAGAGCGAGAGGUAACAGUAAACGAAGCGAUGGGAUAUGCAAAUCGUGAAGGUCUUUCUAUGUUAGAAGUUUCAGCAUUAACACCACAUUUAAUUGAUGAUGCAUUUUUGCUUGUUGCUCGUCAAAUAUUGGGUAAAAUUGAACUUGGACAUAUUGAUCCCAAUUUACCGCAAUUUGGAAUUCAAUAUGGAGAUGAUGGAAUGUACGAUUGGCCAACACGAGGUAGCUUAAGGGGCACAUUUAUGUGGAGAAAAGAUUAUAUGCGGUGGUCAGAAUGUUUACGCAAUGUAAUUAAAAAGGAUGAUAAUAUUUCGGAUUCUAGUCAACGAUGGAGUUGUUUAUGUUGA